CAAGUACUCUACUCCCUCAGAUUAUGAAAUUCCUCGGUUUCUCCUCCUCUUGGUCUCCCUCCUCCCUCAGAUUCAUGGCCGGCGAUUUUAUUUUUGCCACUCACAGUCCACGCUGAAUCUUGGAGGAGCAUCCAUCCAUGGGGCUUCCUGGCGCCGGCACGGCGGCCAACGGCGGCGGCAUGGCCGAGUUCUUGGGGAGGAAGAGCAGGUACGUGCGCAUGGACAACGUGCUCCCGCCGGAGCCGGAGGUGGAGAAGGGGGACGGCGUCGGCGGCGGGGUCCGGGUUCGCGGCGGCGCGAGGAGACACGUCUUCUUCUGCUCCGUCUUCGCCUCCCUCAACCACGUCCUCCUCGGCUACGAUGUCGGCGUGAUGAGCGGCUGCAUCAUCUUCAUCCAGAAGGACCUCCACAUCGACGAGGUGCAGCAGGAGGUGCUCGUCGGCUGCCUCAGCUUCAUCUCGCUCCUCGGCAGCCUCGCCGCCGGCAGGACGUCCGACGCCAUCGGCCGGAAGCGGACCAUCGGCCUCGCGGCCGCCAUCUUCCAGGCCGGCGCCGCCGUGAUGGCGCUCGCGCCGUCCUUCGCGGCCCUCAUGGCCGGAAGGCUGCUGGCCGGCGUCGGCAUCGGGUUCGGCCUCAUGGUCGCGCCUGUGUACAUCUCGGAGAUCUCCCCGGCGGCGCUGCGGGGCUCGCUCGCCUCCCUCCCGGAGAUAUUCAUAAGCUUCGGCAUCCUCCUCGGCUAUGUCUCCAACCUCGCCUUCGCGGGCCUCCCUGACCACGUCAACUGGCGCGUCAUGCUCGCCGCCGGCAUCCUCCCGUCCAUCUCCGUCGCCUACGUGCUCACGGUGAUCCCGGAGUCGCCGCGGUGGCUGGUCAUGCAGGGGCGCACCGGCGAGGCGCGCGCCGUGCUUGUUAAGGUAACCGAGACCGAGGGCGAGGCGCAGGAGAGGCUCGCCGAGAUCGAGGAGUCGGCGCGCGUGACGAGCGCCGGCAAAGUGGUUUGGAGAGAGAUUAUGAGGCCGUCGCCGGUGAUCCGCCGGAUGCUAAUCGCCGGGCUGGGCGUCCAGUUCUUCCAGCAAGCCACCGGCAUCGAUGCACUCGUCUACUACAGCCCGACCAUAUUCCGGGACGCCGGCAUCGCCACGGAGGGCCACCUCCUGGCCGCCACCGUCGCGGUCGGGCUCUCCAAGACGAUCUUCAUCGUGAUCGCCAUACUUCUGGUGGACCACGUCGGACGGAAGCCCCUGCUCCUCAUCAGCACGGUAGGCAUCACCGCCUGCCUGGCCGUGCUCGCCGCGACGCUCUCCCUGCUGGCGCGCGGCGCGCUCCCGGGCGGCGCGGCGGUCGCGCUGGCCAUCGUGACGGUGUGCGGCUUCGUGGCCUUCUUCUCGGUGGGCAUCGGGCCCAUCAACAUGGUGCUGAGCUCGGAGAUCUACCCGCUGAGGCUGCGCGCGCAGGCGGUGGGCCUCGGCCUGGCGGUGAACCGGCUGACCAGUGGCGCCGUGGCCAUGUCGUUCCUGUCCAUCUGCCGCGCCGCGUCCGUGGCCGGCGCGUUCACGGCGUUCGCGGCCGUCUCGGCGCUGUCCGUGGCGUUCGUGCACUGGUUCGUGCCCGAGACCAGCGGCAAGACGCUCGAGGAGAUCGAGUUGCUGUUCGGGGAAGCCGGUGGCAGCGGCGGCGUGGUGGAGCUCGGCGACGGUGAACAUCUGGUGCACGGGCGAUGCGAACCGGACGGCCGGCGGUGACAUUUCUGUGUUGAGGACAGAAAUUGGUGUCAGGGAAAAGCUAAAAAGAUAGAAACUAGUCAUACGUUCGCGAAUGUUCUUUUUAUUUUGAAAAUCAGGGAUCUUUCCGUCCAAAAAUAAUUGUCAUCAAAAUGGAUAAGUAUCUAGAACUAAAAUACAUCUAGAUACAUCUCUUUUUAUCCAUUUUGAUGACAAAUAUUUGCGGACGGAGGAAGUACUUCACACGUUCAAGUUCAGCCAUCAGGAUCAGGACAAACAUCAAAAUAAGAACUAGCACUUCUGUAGCAGCAGUAACCACUGAACUUCCUCAAAUACAGAAACGCAUUG